AUGAGGACUGCGGUCCUGUGGGGCCUGCUGGCCCUGCUGUUUCACCACACAAUGGUUAGCAGCCACAUACUGGGACGGCCCUCUUCCACCAGUGACCUGGCCCAGCUCAAGUCUCUACUGGAGCGCUUUGAGGAGACUCUGGCUGAAGCAGCCCAAGCAGAAGACUCUGAAGCUGAUUAUGAAAAGAUCAACCAACAACCUGAGAGCAGCCAGGACAGCCAGGGAUGGAACCUGGGCCAGGAGGGGGACCAAGAACCUUUGACGGCGGAAAGAUCUCCGUUAGCGGCUGAUGGGCGCAGCAGGACGGUGAGUCAGAGGAGCCGGCUGCAGGACCUGCUGCUGACGGCCAGGAAAAGGGCCUCCAGCUGCUUCGGAGCCAGGAUGGAUCGGAUAGGAAACGCCAGCGGUCUAGGGUGCAACAAUGGAAAAGGGUAGUCCAACAGCCUCCUGGACACAUGUUGGAUUAUAGUGUCCAACCUGAGACAAACCAAAGAGAUUGCAUAUGUAUGAUUUUGCAUUAGUUAAAAUUCAACUGUGUGUGUCUUCUAUGUAUCUGUUUGAAGUGAUAAAUGGCUGUCCACUGUAUAACUAAUUCUGU